AUGUCCACCCCUGUGGCCAUCCCCGCCUUCAAUUUGCUGGCACAGCCCAUCCAGGAUGUUCUUACUGGCAGUGCGCGUGUCGGCGGUGCCUUUGCGACAAAGGAGAAUCGAGUCAGCAUCAACACCGUGACUGCUGAUGGGAUUAUUCUGUCCGCCCAGGCGCUGGGCGCCACACCCUCCACUGCCAGCACCACGCUCAGCGUUAUCCACGCGCCCGCCAAGGGCCUCGUGCUCUCCAGCAUCCUGGGCAGCGGCGGCGCCACGACGCUUGGGGCCACGCUGACGCCCGCCAGCGUCCCGGGCCUCACGGCCUCCCUGUCUGCAGACCCCUUUGCCGCCGCGUCGGCCAGCCCCGGCAGCGACGCGGCGCUGUCCACCCUCAAGGCCUCGGUGGACUAUGCACCGCCCGGUGGCCUCAUGCACUUCCGCGCCUCCGCGGGCGGCGGUGCGGGGAUCGACGUGUCGGCCGUCUUUGCCGCGGCCGGCCCCACGCUGCUGAUCGGUGGCUCUGCAACGAUUGGCGCCGCAAGCGCCAGCGGCGGCAGCGUGGCGGCGGCGCUGACGGGGUGGUCGAUUGGUGGUGCCUGGAGUCGGAUGGUGGAAAGCAAGGGCGACGGCCCCGCAUCGCGCCAGCAGCUGACGGCCACGCUGACAGAAGCAGGCACUAGCAAGGGCCGCAGCCUGGGGAUCAUGGCGGCGCAGCAAGUCGGGGCCUCGGGGCGCACUACGGUGGCGGCCGACUGUGUCCUGCCCCUCAGGGCCGCCAAGGGCGUGGAGACAGGCCCCAGUGCUGUGGGAUCUGUGGCGUUGGCGGUGUCCCACCGCCUGGACACCGGCGGCCUGGCCAAGGCCAAGGUGUCCCACGAUGGCGCCAUCAGCCUGCUGUACGAGGCGCGCAUUCAGGAGGCCGUGCGCCUGGGUACCACGGUGCACCUGGAUCCCUCAGCUGGCUUUGCGCCGCGCCUGGGGAUCUCGGUUGACCUGUCCCCAUGA